UACAGAAAAUGUAAUAUCGACCAAAGUAUGACUAAUUCCGCCAGGUGGCGUUCUAUUUCAACAUGGCUGCGCCUUUUUCGAACCCGUCUCAGUUGUUGCCAUUAGAGUUGGUUGACAAAUGUAUUGGGUCCAGGAUUCACAUCAUCAUGAAGAAUGACAAGGAGAUAGUCGGAGUGUUGCUGGGCUUUGAUGACUAUGUCAACAUGGUUCUUGAGGAUGUGACAGAAUUUGAGAGUACUCCUGAGGGACGUCGGGUCACGCGGCUUGACAAGCUGCUCCUGAAUGGGAACAACAUCACCAUGCUUGUGCCUGGAGGUGAGGGACCGGAGAUGACCUAGGUAGCUGACACAUGAACAGUUUGGACACACUUCAGAGCAGUUGUCAGUCUCAUAGUAUCUGUAACAUGCUGACUUUAUGUCAAGGAGUGAUUCGGGGGGAAGCGAUACAGCGAGGUCACGAUACAUAGGUAACGAUACGACACAUAUCUCGAUACACAUGUUUACUUCAUAUUGCAUGGAAACUUCUUGAAUAUAAAUAUUUUGGAGCUUGUUCUAAAGGUAAAGCUAGCUGAAGACACAUGUUCAUAGCUGCUAUUCUUAGUACUUGGAAGGCUAAGUACAACACAUUUUGCUAUGGUCAUCUCACAAGAAUCCUGGGGCCAUUAAACAAGUAGUAAGUUACAUAGUUUAGCAAGUGUAUCGAUAUAGAAGAAAACAUAUCGUGUGUCGUAUCGUUGUAUGAAAACUUGCGGUUCACCGAUGUAUCGUUUUACCCCAAAGAGUGAUUGACACUGACGAGGAAGACUGCAUCACGGUGUUCAUACUGUCCACAGUCUGAAGGUGCUCUGUGGGCACACAUUUCAUGCGACCUAUGUUCUGAGAAAUAUCAAUCUACUUUACAAUGUCACACUUUGAAUUAUCGUAUUUACUUUUAAGAAGAGGUACUUUUUGUUUGAUAUUAUUCUAAUGUCUAUGUAAUGUAUUGAUACAGUGAAACAUCAUUAGAUAAAAGAUAUGACUCCACGUUUGACUUGAAUGGCAGACAGCAGCCUUGCCUGCGCUGUGUCUAACAUCAGGACUUCAGGGACCUCCGUGUGUGUCACAGGUCCCCAGCUUCACUUGUCCCUGGUUUUCUGUCCUGUACACUGUGUACUGUGUUUGUCCUGUCAUUUGUAAAUACUUCAUGAAACAUCACAAUAAAAUGUCCUGUGUAUA